GUAAGCCAGGCAGUGCACACUUCCGAGCCGGUACAGCGGGUUCGUGUGCAAAGGAGACACAAAGCUGCAGGAUCGUACGACACCCGAAGAAGAAAGGCAGCCACUGCUCCGCUCCGAGCCACCGGGAAACGACAAAUAAGUCUGUGUUGUUACCACGACACCAACAAGCGAGCUAACCUUUCGGAAGGGAGCGUAAACAAUGGGGGACGCCGGGGCAUGCCAGACUUCCAACAAGAAGGAUUACGACGGGGAGGACGACGACGCGCCGCCGGCCGCCCUGGAUGAGGGAGACAUCGCCCUCCUCAAAACCUACGGCCUGGGACCGUACACGACCUCGAUCAAGGACAUCGAGAAGGAGAUCAACGAGGCUAAGGAGCAAGUAAAGGAGCUGAUUGGUAUCAAGGAGUCCGACACCGGACUGUCGCAGCCCAGCCAAUGGGACCUCGUAUCGGACAAGCAGAUGAUGCAGGAAGAACAGCCCCUCCAGGUAGCGAGGUGCACAAAGAUCAUCAACGCUGGCCAAGAGGACGCCAAGUACGUGAUCAACGUUAGACAGAUCGCCAAGUUCGUCGUGGGCCUGGGAGAGAAGGUGUCGCCCACCGACGUGGAGGAGGGCAUGCGCGUUGGCGUGGACCGCACCAAGUACUCGGUGCAGAUCCCGUUGCCGCCCAAGAUCGACCCCACGGUGAGCCUUAUGACGGUGGAGGACAAGCCGGACGUUACGUACGAAGACGUGGGAGGCGCCAAGGACGCCCUCGAGAAACUCCGCGAGGUGGUAGAGCUUCCGCUCCUGCACCCAGAGCGCUUCGUGACGCUGGGAAUCGACCCCCCCAAGGGGGUUCUGCUGUUUGGGCCGCCGGGCACCGGGAAGACUCUGUCGGCGAGGGCGGUGGCCAACCGGACCGACGCCUGCUUCAUCCGGGUGAUCGGGAGCGAGCUCGUGCAGAAGUACGUCGGGGAAGGGGCGCGCAUGGUGCGCGAGCUGUUCACGAUGGCGAGGAGCAAGAAGGCCUGCAUCGUGUUCUUCGACGAGAUCGAUGCUAUCGGCGGGAGUCGGACGGGGGGAGACGACAGCGGGGGAGACAACGAGGUGCAGCGAACCAUGCUCCAGAUCGUGACGGAGCUGGACGGCUUCGACCCUAGAGGGAACAUCAAGGUGCUCAUGGCCACCAAUCGGCCAGACACCUUGGACCCCGCGCUCCUGCGCCCGGGUCGGCUGGACCGAAAGGUUGAGUUCGGGCUGCCGGACUUGGAAGGGCGCGCGCACAUCCUGGGCAUCCACUCCAAGUCCAUGAACGUGGACAGAGACAUCCGGUACGAGCUCGUGGCAAGGCUGUGCCCCAACACGACCGGAGCAGAGCUGCGGUCGGUGUGCACGGAGGCCGGCAUGUUCGCCAUCCGCGCCCGCAAGAAGUCCAUCUCGGAGAAGGACUUCUUGGACGCGGUGAACAAGGUCAUCAAGGGAUACCAGAAGUUCUCGUCGACUCCCAAGUACAUGGUGUACAAUUAAGCAAUAUAGUAGUGGCGUUGUGUGGGUGUGGGAGUGUACUCGGGUGGUGUGUAGCUCUUUGCGCUGUUUUGCUGUGCCUGCGUGGAUUGGCUGUUUGACAGCGGUGAGAAGCGUGCCGUAGCGCGGGGAUCUGUAGAUGAGAAUGUGGAUGGGGGGAGUGGGGAGCAGAAGACUGACUGGACGGUUUUCUCGGAUCCGGCAGGGUUACUCCUCAGAUUCUUGCAGCAGGCCUGGGCAGUGUAUGCCCAGUCGGGAGGGAGAGAUCCAACAGUGAGCCUACGGUACGUCAGUGUUGCAGCGAUGACAUGGUAGGUUGCGUCAAGUACCACACAUGCGGAGAUACUGAGCCUCUCUGGUGUGGGGUGGAGACCCGCUUGGCUCGGGGGGGUGGUGGUAGGUCCAUGGCGGCAAAGCACGGGUUGGCGUAUUCGCCCGGAAAAUGGUGUCCUACUGCUGUGGGUGGCGUUUUACCCGGCCCCUCUACGACGUGCAAAAUAAAAAUAACAUUCAGAAAAAACUCGUGUCUUGACGCCUGACGCUGGCAUGUACUCGAAACGUGUCCCCCAGAAAUAGCUUGGCCACGCGUAAAGGUAUGCUGGCCUACUUGGUACGGGACUUGCCUUCGCGAAAACUGAGACAUGUGCCAAAUAACAAGGAGAGGGAAACACGUCCCCGAGGAUUGUUGUUAUGAAGUUUGCCAACGACCAAGAAAUCAGGGGAUUCAGCCCCUAAGAUGAGCUAUACAGCUUGCGAGAGAAGCGUGUCAUCACGUUGCACGCGUGCUAACGUGUACCGUUCAUGACUGUAGACAAAUCAAGCGUGGUGCUCAUCCCGGCUGAGCUUCGACUUACUUCUGUCUUGUGUGGGGCGGCGUCCUGGAUCCUAUGAUACCCGGAAUAUGACUGGCAAAAAAGUUCUGU